AUGAAUGGAUCUAGCGACGUCAAGACUGUAGAGAAGCGCCUGGCAGUUUAUAAUCCGGAUACGCAGCUGAACGUCUACUUGAAUGCAGUUUCAGAAGUCUCUUCUUUGUGUUUUGCCGCGUUGAUGGGUAAACUGGAAGAUAAACACGAAUUAAGUUUAGACAAGAUCAGGGAAUGGAGGAAAGACAUUACACUAAAACGCACCGAUGCUGAAAUAUACUUGGAGUCCGAGAAGUUGAAAGUCCAAAUGGAGGGCGUAAGCGCCACAGAGAAUAUUGAUGAAAUCAAGUUGCAAAUGGAUAAGGACCUAGUGAAGAUACGACAAAGAAAUGAAAUCCUGCGACACCGAAACGAAAUGCUCCGAGCAAUGAACUCACAUAUUGACCUGGUCAAUGAAGAACUCGAAGACAUGCAAGGAGGGAGAUCAAGAUUGAGCGCGAGCCAAGAAGAGUGGGAAGAGCAGUUGGGCGCCAAAGCGGUUGCAACAAUGUUACGCGCCAAUAUUUUCAAGAGACAAAUAGUAAAAGUACGAGAUGGCGAAGACACCGAGUAUGAACAUGAGGAGCUGUCAGUCUCAUCAAACUUUUCCAGAAACACCGAGGACUUAAGAAGAACUAAUGAUUCUAUGAAGGGAAGUGUUCAAAGGCUGCAGUCAGAAUUAAAGGACUAUCAAAGCAAAUGGCUGCAUAAUGCAGGACUUUUCGACAAGAUCGCAGAUGUUUUGAAAGACGAGCUUACAAAAAGAGACCUAAUCAUACCAGUAGGGCCCCGUGAUAUGGAAAGUGAUGAGCGGAAGGAAGGGCAUAAUGGGGAACAAGACGAAGAAGGCGACAAUGAAGACGAAGAUGACAACAAUGGAGUCGAGAUAGAUGAAGAAGACUGGGAACGGGGAGGGGACGACGAUGAGGAGGAAGAAAUUGAAGGCACCGAAGGUACCGAAGGAGACCACGACAUGGACUCCGUAUUGCGCGUGAAUAGUGAUGAAACCUAA